AUGAGUAAGCUGCAGAGCGACGUGCUGCGCGAGGCGAUAUCAAACCUGCUGGCGGCGUCGCGCGAGAAGAACCGCAAGUUCUCGGAGACGAUCGAGCUGCAGAUCGGGCUCAAGAACUACGACCCGCAGAAGGACAAGCGUUUCAGCGGCUCCGUCAAGCUGCCGCACGUGCCGCGCCCCAAGUACCGCGUGUGCAUGCUCGGAGAUGCCCAGCACGUCGAGGAGGCGGAGAAGAUCAAUCUGGACUGCAUGGGCGUGGAGGCGCUGAAGAAGAUGAACAAGAACAAGAAGCUCGUGAAGAAGCUCGCCAAGAAGUACCACGCGUUCCUGGCGUCCGAGGCCAUCAUCAAGCAGAUCCCCAGGCUGCUCGGUCCCGGACUGAACAAGGCCGGCAAGUUCCCCACGCUCGUCACCCACCACGAGCCCCUCGAGAGCAAGUUGCUGGAGGCGAAGUCGACGAUCAAGUUUCAGCUGAAGAAGGUGCUGUGCAUGGGCGUGGCGGUGGGCAAUUGCGACAUGGAGGAGAAGCAGAUCUUCCAGAACGUGCAGCUCUCCGUCAACUUCCUCGUCUCGCUGCUCAAGAAGAACUGGCAGAACGUCAAGUCGCUCUACAUCAAGAGCACCAUGGGCAAGCCCCUCCGCAUCUACUAA